AGUACGAUAAAUUGGGAAGCAGCAGAGCAGAGACCUGCAAAGCUGCCGCAGCAGCGAGAGAAGAGGAAGGAAGGAAAAGGGACUGAGCCGACCGCUGAAAACCACAGCAGUUCUACAUCAAGCUCCUCCCUUUCCUCUUCCAUCUACCCGAUUUACUGCAGCGACAACGAUCCUGAGCCACCUGUUCGAUAGCCAUAACUCUCCUCCUUCACCUCCUCGCCAUGGCCGCCGCUGCGGUUAUUUAGCCUCUUCCUGCAGUUCUUUUGGAGUUUUGUAGGCUUGAGGGAGAUGGCGGCGGCGCUGGAGUGCUGGUCCGGCCGGCCGAGCACCGACGAGGACAUGGUGGAGCAGGUGCUUAUGCAGACUCAUGAUCGGUCUGAAGCUUUCCAUCGCUCAGAGGAGGCGUCGCCGGCCUGCAACUCUUCGGCGUCUUCUUCUUCUUCUUCGUCGUCGUCGUCAUCCUCCUCCCCGCCGUCCCCCUCCGCUGCCUUGCCGGCGCCGAAGAAGUGGCAGCGCCUCGGCCGUAACUUCGCCGGCGCUAUCGCUGCCCUCCGCAGCUCCCUCUCCAUUAACCUCGACUCCGUCCGCGAUCCCUCGCCUUCGCGCUUCGACCGCCUCUUCCGAGGCGGACGGAACCUGGGAUCUCACCCCCCGGAGAAGUUCUUCUCCAGUGCCCGCCGCCAUUUUGAAGCAUUGCCCAACAGCUACGCGCAAGCAGGCUUCGACAUGAAAGAUGUGCUUUUGCAUGUGAGAUUGGUGGAGCAGGUAAUGGCGGACGACCACCCAGCGAUCAACCUCCAGGAGAUUCACGACGACGACGGCGGAGGCAGUGAGGGAGUGGUCUUCAAGGUCACAUUCGCCUGCAGCUCGCCCCUGUCAUGGCCGGCGAUGUCUGGAUCUCUUGACACCUCGCUGAUCUGCUGCAAGAAGAUCCAGAUCUUCGAGAAGAAAGGCUUGACGCUCGGCGUCGUCACCGUGCUCGUCCGAAGAGGCACCGAGCGGCAGUUCAAGUCCCGGAUAGAGGCCUCGGUGAAGGCGGCGGUGAAGAAGCCCAAGACCGGCGGCGUCAAGCUCUCCUUCGGACUCUGCGGGUGCCAAGAGGAGAGCUCGAGGGCGAUCGAGGAGGACGCCCAGUUCGAGGCAGAGGACGGGCAGUCGGCCGACGGCGACGGGCUCCGGCGGGCGCAGCAGCUACCCUGCCCACUCCCGAUCUCGUCGGUCGUCGUCUCCAUCGACGAGUGGCAGAGCAUCCGGUCAGGCGGGGAGGAUCUCGCUCGGUGGGUGCUGAACCCCGACGAGGUGGACCUCCUUGACCGCGCUGGGCCCACCGCCUUCAGGGGCGUUUACAGGGAGCGGCGGGCGUGGGUCAAGAAGCUUCGGGGCUGCGACCGGGGGAGCGCCUACGACGUCGAGGUCCGGCAGGACCUGCUCCAGCUGAUGACCUGCGGCCAGAGGAACAUCCUCCAAUUCUACGGCAUCUUCUUCGAGGAGAGGCAUGGCCUCUGCGUAGCGACAAGGAUGAUGGACGGCGGAUCCGUGCACGAUCUGAUCCAGAAGAGCAGAAAGCUUCCGGCGAGGGAGGUGGUGAGGAUCGCCCUGGACGUUGCAGAGGGGCUCCUGUUCAUGAACAACCAUGGAGUCGCUUACAGAGACCUCAACACGCACAAAAUUCUACUGGACAGGCAGAGGAACGCUUGCCUCGGCGACAUGGGCAUAGUUACUUCCUGCAACAAUGCCGGCGAAAUCACAGAGUACGAGACCGCCGGAUACAGGUGGCUGGCACCUGAGAUAAUUGCCGGGGACCCUGAGAGUGUGUCAGAAACUUGGAUGAGCAAUGUCUACAGCUACGGCAUGUCUCUGUGGGAGAUGCUGAGCGGUGAGGCAGCCUACUCUUCCUUCUCUCCCGUCCAAGCAGCGGUAGGGAUCGCAACCUGUGGCCUGAGGCCAGAGGUACCCAAAGACACCCCUCAGUUCCUCAAGUCACUCAUGCACAGGUGCUGGAACAGCAACCCUACAAAGAGGCCUCAGUUUGCAGAGAUCAUCGCGAUCCUAAGCAGGCAAAGUGGCCGAUCGUAAAAUGUGUCUGAAAAAGCGUGCUUUAGCUUUCCUACUGUGAAUGUGGUUUGUGAUCUUUGUUUGCAAGAGAGUGAGUGAGUGAAUGAGUGAGUUGAGAUUGUGAUGGUUGCAUUCCUAUAUGCUUUUUUUUUGUCUGAAACAGCAAGCUACAUUGGAUCUACUGAAACUUGCAUGCUCUCUA